AUGAGCUUCCUUAUUCACGCAUCUUAUUUUAUUGAUAAAUUCGUCAGUUCUAGAUUCUUAUUUUCCUGCUCAGUUUCUCAUUAUUUUCUUUCUUUUUAUUCUUUUUCAAAGAAUAUAUUUACCACAUAAAAAUCAACAAAUUUUUUGACAUAUUUAUUUAAAUUUUUAUAUAUAAAAGUAAUAUGAAUCAAAGUUAUAGCUAUAAAUCAAAAUCCCCAUACAAUGCCAAAAUACGUAAGUUUCUACUUCAGCUAAGUCUCGCCUCUUAUCUUUAACUCGUUGGAUAAAUUCUCUGCAUAUAUGGAGGAACUUAACUGAAAAAGAACUCCCAGAACAAGCCAAAACAGGGGUUUUACUAAUUUUUCUUAUCCAAGCUGUAGAGCCCACUAUUGAAUUUCAAAAUUUUUCUCCUAAGCCGAGCUCUAAAAGAUUUUGCAUUAAAAAUCUGGAUCAGGCCCUUUCUGCUAUUUCUCAACUUGCAGGGCCUUCUGUUCUAUUGCCAAGAUCUGAAGAGAUUUAUCAAGGAAAUCAAGAGAAAAUGUGGCAAUUAUUGGAUUUUAUAUUCGAACUUUUCAUUAUGACACCUGCGAGGAAAUCAUUCAAAUCACUUGUCAAUUGAUACAUAAGAAUUUUGGAAUUGCAUGGAGUUUCCAUAAAUUCGAUUGAAAUUCUUUCAAGUUUUAGAAACGGAGUGAAUUUUAUGAUAGUGAUUAAUUGUUUAUUAGAUGAUGUCGAUUUAGAAGAAAUUUAUUUCAACCCACAGAGCAAGUCAGAGCUGACACAAAAUUUAGCUGUCCUUAUAAACGUAAUGAAAAAAUUUGGGAUUCCUGUCUGUGUAACAAUUGAAGAGCUGGGGAAUUUAUUAGACCAAGAUUUAAUUUUAUUGCAAUUAUAUUAUGUAUAUAGAGCUUUGCAUGAUAGGAUCCCUAUCAAAAAAAAUUUAAAAUUUAAAGAUGAUAUUCAAAGAUCAAUAGAAAAGCUCCCAAUUGAAAAAUCAGCUUUGCAGACAGAAGUCAGUGAUUUUAUGAAGCCAAAAGGAUUUUUUUCACAAUUCACUCCCAGAAGCUAUGGGAAAAACAAGCUCGAGUUUGAUUGCACCAAAGAAACAGAAUCAACAAAUGCAGUUUCAACCUCAGAUUUGUCUCCUUCUUAUUUUUCUUCCAAAUUCUCAGCAGAUAGAUCAUUGUCUCCAAUAAAAAUUGAAAUAAUUUCUGAUACUUCAGAUUCUUUUCUGGAGUAUAAACCACAAAAAAAUAUUUUAAAUAUAGAAACAAGUCCAGUUAAGCCAUCUCCAAGCUUACGAGUAAUACGCCCACCAGAGUUCCAUCACAAUCCUCAUCAAAAUUUAUCAAAUGAUAAAGAAAAAGCUUUACUUUACCUACUAACUCCAAGAAUUCUUAAAUUACAUAUCGGAUCUUGCUUCCAAGCCUUUAUGUUCAGCAUCGUUUUGGACUCGUUUUUAGCUGAGGAGUACUCAUUUGAGUGAAAAAAUUUGGAGACUAUGGAAACUGAAGGGAAAAUAAGAAUAAAAGAUAUAUCCAAUGUUUCUUAUGAGAAACGGGUUCUAAUGAUACAAGAAAAGAGUAAAAGCUUGCAGAUACAGUGUCUGGAUGCAAAUGAAGUCAGUAGAUAUGUGAAAUCGCUGAUCGCUAUGAGGGAUUAUUGAAUGGAUUGGAAAGAGAUGGCAAGCAACCAAAAUUACAUUCCAAUAUAUGCACAUUAGUUUAAUCUGAUGCAGGUUAUGCUUUUAGAGCUGCAGAAUUAAUCAUUGGCAUUUUCGCUUUAUAUUUUGAUUGCCAAGUAAGUUGGCUCGCCAAAAAAUGGAGCGAACAAAACAAAAUUCAGCGACUCAAGUUUUAAAGCUUAGUCAGAUUAUCUGAUCAAGCUUAAAGGUAGUCUCUAUGCACUUCAAAACAAACCUGUCUCUUUAGAGCUUUAUUUCUUUAGAACUUAGUGUUAGUUAAAAUUAAAACUAUUUUACUUUAAUUCUAUUGUUGAUGACUAUCCAACUCACUUAUUUGAUAAUGAAUAACAAAGUAAUCAAUUCUCUAUCUCAAAUCGUUUAUAUAGAAAUCUAUUAAUGUGCGUGAGUUAUAAACAUUUAGAGAAGGCUAUAAAUUAAAACAUUUGAUUAUAUUAAUUAAGAUUAAGAUUAUGAGGGAUGCUUAA